AGAAAUUUAAGCACAUCCGGUCUGUUGCUAUGGACAACGCAAUUUUAUCAGAAGAACUAGUGGAAAUCUGGGCCCAGGGGUAUCCAACCCUUUCUUACCUUAAGCUUUGGGCUGCGCAAACAGGUAAAUAUUUGUUUUGUUGAAGAUUUAUUAAUUGUGUUUCCUUUUUAUAGUAUACAAAAAAAAACUUCAGCUGUACGAGAGGUUUCUAUACCAACGACAGGUUUCUAUACCAACGACAGGUUUCUAUACCAACGACAGGUUUGUUGUAUAAGUGACGUUAUCAUCAAAUACGCUCAGCUGCACGAAACAAAUAUAUGACACAUCUUUUCAAUUUAGACAUUAGUGACAUUGUCCUAUUGUACCCACACUCUAUCAGGUCAUGAGAUAGCCAGCCAGGCUUGGAAGAAUUUGAGAGCGACCAACCCAAGCCUGUUGGUGGAGAUCUUGGUCCAGAAGUUCGAAAGCACUGCCCAAAUGUUGCCUGCGUUGUCACCGGCAAUGCCCGUGUGCAAGUUGUUGUGGGAGUCAGAAAGUGAAGAUACAUCGGAUUUUCAGGUAACAAUCAAAUAUUGGAAUCCUUUUUUUCUUUGCAUCGGGCAACUAAAAAUUGAAAUAUCGGUUGUACUAACAACGUACACCUGAAAGGGAAACAAUUCAAGAGCAACAAUUUCAUACGAUAAUAAUAACAUCCCCUAAAUACGACUGAGUUUUAUAAGCUUUUACUUUAAAAAAUGUUCGAAAUAAAUUUGAGCCAGUUUUAACAUAAUGAAGAGAAUGUUGUAAGUCCAAAUAAUUACAAUGUCUGACCUGAUGUCAGAUUUUCUGAAUUUUGGUUUUCUUUUUUGCAUCGAAAUUUUCGGUCACUUUUAAAACAAAUUUUCUGAAGAUUACUUGGCGGCUGGGUAAAAGGAUGAUCAAACGUUUUGUGUUGUGAUAAGAGAUGGGAAACUCGCAGAUUUCUUAAACUUUUGUAAGGUAGGAUUUUUGAGAAAAUUGAGAAAGAGUUUCAUAGAGAUAUUAUUGUAAACUGUGUGAAAUAGUUUGCUAAAGAGAUUCAGGCGUAUGAACUGUCAAAUAACAGAAUAUUUCUGAGUGAAAAAUGUUGCAUUCUAUGAUUUUGAAGGAGCUGGUUGGCCGCCUUGCUGUUCUGGUGUCCAGAAAAGUAAACAGUGAAGCUUUCGUGGAUGCCAACAUGACGAAAUGCCACUGACAAAGGGCGAAGGCACAUUUUAUUUGUUUUCAUGAAAGUUGCAUCACUGAUGCCAUUGAAUUCAUGUACAUAGACAAUAAAGAUAACAACGUUGAUCUCAUUGAAUUUGUGAGCUUAGAGACUACCGCUAGCUACAAUAGAGAUCAUAUAAACGUUUCCUUUUUUUGUAAAGCUCGGCAGGUGAUUUUAACAGCUUACCAUUCAGGCAUCACACCAUGGAGCUGACACCGGCCAUGGAGCUCACACCGGCCAUGGAGCUCACACCGGCCAUGGAGCUAACACGGGCCAUGGUGUUUGAUGCACUGAUGUGACAAUCUCAUGACAUGAGGUUGAUCCGGAGAUUGGGUGAAUAUCGGGACUCAAUCCACCAGUCUAGCUACAAAAAUGGUAUAGAUGUAGACUUCAUGGCGUCCAAUAUCGUUGACUUCUUUCGGCAAAGACUAACACAGUUUCAGACCAGAGAUUGUGCAACUGUCGCUUCUGGUUCUCUGAGCAGUUUCCGGUGCUGAUAUAUAUUUAAUUUGUAUAUAUAUAUACAUACUCAUGGAGCUUACCGCCCACUUCUUCUUCUUCUUCUUAUAUUUGAGGGGCCCACGUUCAAUUUGUUAAUCAUUCUGGCUCCUGGUUUAAAUUCAGAGUUUGCCUUCUCUUAGAUGGGUUGCCGUCCAAGGCUAACGAGUCCCAUCCACUUGCUUGGGAUGGCUUUACUAGGGAUUGAGCUCCGGACCACCGGCUUUUUGGUUUGAGACAGUUUAGACCGCUCGGCCACCCAGCACUUCGAUGGAUUGUAAAGAUUAUUUAUUUAUUGUACUCCCCAUUUGGACUCGCUUACUAUGAACGGUCAUCUUUAGGCCACUUCAACUCUUUUAUAAUGAAAAUAAAUCUCAAAGCCUAUGCUAAAGUGAAAUGCUUGCCAUUUUUGCGUUCUUUGGCUCUACGGUGUCAUCUGACUUGAGCGCGGCCAUGGUAAAAGAAAAAAAAUAUGUUCAACGUCCACGUGCUGCCUUCGACCCCACACUUCCUCAGUUGCAGUUGUAAGUCAUUAUAUCGCAACACAUGAGGACACUUUUCAUAGAAUGGGAUGCAAGAAACUUUUCCUUGUCAUCAAUCCACAUACAUGGAGCGUAGACUGUGACUACAUUGCUGGCCAUCAAUUUGAAGGAGUUUGAAAGUCGCCAAAGAUGCAGCCAAAACGAUGUGUUAUCUUGAUUCCGACAUUCAAUGGCAUCCUGAUUUUUCAAGAGGAACAGAAACAGAACUUGCUUUAAGCUUUAAAGGGACACUGAACCCUUAUAUCUUGAGCACCAAAGAAUGGUCAAAUUUGCAACUUAACGUAGGUUAUCUGAAUCCCCAUGAGCAGUCGCCGACCUUUAAACACCACAAGAAGAAAAAGCAAAUAAAAAACAAACAAGUUAAAAACAUAGUUAUUUUUUUAUCAAAAUACAGGACUUUUGUUUUAGAAUGAACCUAGAAGUAAUUUGAAUAAAUUAGUUUUAUAUUGAGGUUUAAAAGCCAGGUAGAGCCCAUAUUAUAAAUCAUCAUAAUUUGACAAGUGCACUACGUUGUCAUGGGCAGCCAUUCAGGGUCACUUGCAUAAUGGCUAUGCUGUGGUACUACUUCAGCGUUUUAUUCAUACUAGUUUGCAGUUUGCAAAAACGAUUAAACCAUUGGUCAGGUAAAGCUUUCAUUAAAUAGUUAUGUGCCAACGUUAAAAUGUCAAAAUAAGUAGUCCCUAAGUAGUAUUUUAGUAAUGAGGGGGUGCGUUGCCUUAUAGUUAUAUAAACUAUAUUUUAGUCAUUGCGCAUGACACUGUCAGCAGAAUGAGGUCACAAUAGGCUUUGUUCAGAGUAGAAAAUGGCAAAGAAACGCGUAUGUUAAAAAUUCCUAGCUCAAAAGGUACUAAAGCGAAAAAUGUGAGUCUGGUUUCACUAGUUUUUUAAAUUUGAAAUUUGCUCUAUAGAAAAUGUAUAUAUAUUUUUUACUGAAGUACCUACAUUUGUUAUCGCACAUUAGGUAUAUGAACACAUUUCGAGCACAAUGUUAAUAUAUACCCGCAAUAUUCUUUUUCGUUUAUCUCGAUCAUCAGUUAUCUCGAUGAUUUUUUUUGCAAGCCCCUAGGCCGGCGAUAUAACCGGAUUCUAGUAUAUUAUAAAACUUGUUAAAUUAUGUCUCUUUUUUUUUUAGUUGACUAGUUUACUUCAUCGAGUGGCCAGCUACGAGAAAACAAUAAAAUCUCUGUUCGUGAAGAUUCACGGGGAGAAUGUAACUCUUGAUACUUUGUCAGUGCAGAUCCUACUGUCCAACUGCAGGAAACUGUAAGUCAAUAUUAUAUGGUGAAUGACAUUAUAAAUGACUGCCUAACACUGUGAGCAUUUAGGCACACACAACCCGAACCAUUAAUCCCCAUGUGCAGACCUAUUAUUCUGCACAUGAGUAUCGAAUUUUACUCCUUUCCAUGGCUGAGGUAGAUACUGGCCAGAGUCCUGAUUCAUCGGUUACAAAUACAAUUUGAACAGAGGUCCCUCCCUGAAAGCCUUUUGGAUUCGUUUAGCGCGGAGCCACAGCCGUCAUGGUAUUUGCAGCACGCCAGCUCCAGCGAAAAUGUCAAGUGCCACACUGCGGCCUAUCCAUCCCCUUGGUUAAUCUGAUCAAAAUAUUUGACUCGGUCAUCAGUGAUGCUCCGUGGAAGACAAUAACUGAGAAGUAUGGCUGCACGAUAGAUUUUUUUUUUCCAAUAGUACGUCAACUCCUUGAUGGUAUGAUGAUAUGAGUGUCACAUUCUGGAGAUGACUCUGUGGUUUUUACUUUAACUAGUUUCGUACAAGAUGGAUGUCUUCUAGCUCAAAAGCAUUUUUAGCUUCGUAUAAUAAUCAGCAAUGCUGACUGAUGUUUUCUGGACAAUAACGACAGCAUACCUUAAUCUUAGGAGAAGGAAAGCUGUUGCAAAAAUUAAAGAAACGUUAUUCGAGACCAACUGUUUGCUGAUGACUGUGCCCUAAAUGUAAAUUCGGAACGGAAAAUGCAGGAAAUACGUUAUCAAACUUGCAAUACGAACAACGGAGAUUUUUGGCAUCAGUCGGCUCCGAGGAAGGACUCCGUAGAACCUGAAAUAUCAGUAAAUGAGAGAAUCUACAAGCAGUAGAAAAAUUCACAUAUUAGGGCAACACACGCUUCAUGUCAUCAACAAUACAGGAUGAGGUCAAUGCUAAAAUUUUAAAACAAACGUUGCAUGUGUAAGUCUACACAGGAAUGUGUGGGAGCGAAGGUGUAUUUUCAUUCAGCUCUAAGGCAAUCGUUUUAAUAUCACGAAUGUAAUGCUAGUGAGAAAUGGACAUCUGUGUGUUGCCUGCUCAUGCUUAAAGAAAAUCCUCCUAAUUUAUUCGAGAACACACCACACGGUCAAAACAAAAACAAAAUAUGUGUACUUAGAAGGUAUUUAAAAACACAAACACUUUAUUUCUUUGAGUGGCAUUGCAACGCAUGCCGGGUACUCGCUGGUGUUUAAUAUGUUUUGUUUAAAUGCAUUUAGAUAUAUUGCGAUUUAAAAAGCUUUUAAAUACGCUUCGUGGGUGUUUGGCCAUGUAUUGUUUUGGUAAAAAGAAAUUAGGUGGGUCUGAAAAAUUAUAAGAUUAUGUAGUAAACGAGAAAUACUUUACUUGAUCCCGGGAGAAUUAUUCGCAGUAUGCCACUGAAUGAGAUGUUAGUUUCACGAAACUAGCAAAUUUUCGAAUUCUGUAACUCAUUUUUAUAAAGUGUUAUGUAUUACAUUUUUUUAUACAUGAGAAAAUAUCACCAGAUGUUAUCGAGAUAAUAAUGUCAGGCACCGUGCGAUAAUUUCUACCUGAUAUGGCGAAAAAUCAUCAUUAUUACUUAUUUUAAAAAUAAGUUUUAUAUUAUGAUAUUUAUGUUUCUCAAAUCAUUAAAUGAUUUAAUAAGCAUUUUUUGCUAGAUAUUAUAUGCCUACCCUUCCCCUUUUCGCGCCCCUAAACUACAAUUUAUUUUUAUCCAAACAUGACCUUAAAUUAUUAAAUCUAAAAGAGAACUAAAUAAAUCAUUAUUAGCGCUAAAGGAGUUUAUUGACGGUUGAAUUCAACGCUUGACAAAUACUUUAGAUCUCAUGUGUUUUUAAAUUGUAAAAUGAUGGGCAAACCCUAUUACUUUUCGUGACCUUAAAAAAAAAUAUUUAAAAUAAUGUGUCAAUUAAAAUGUUAAAUUUACAAACAAAAACUCUCUAUCAUUCAUUUAGACUGAUACCUUCAUUUUAAAUUUCAGACUGCCAUUCAAAUGUAAGAAUUUCACCUAUCCUUCGACAGAGAGCGACACUUGGAUUCUCUCACAAGACAGCGGUUCGCGCCCACAAGAAGACAUAUAACCAUCAUCAGUUGGUCCGCUCAUUAGAGUUUCUUAUGUUAUCAUUUAAUUUUGGCGAUUCAUUAAAGAAGCAUAACCAAGAAACUACAACCUCGGAAUGUUUUAUAGGAUAUUCAAUAAGUAUUUGGGCUCUUGUCCCAUUAAGACACACACACAGAUCUUGUAAAUUGUAGAUACUCAAUGAAAGAAAUGUGAGCGAAUUUAUGAUGUAACAUGAAAUAUUGACCAAUUUUUAGCACCGUCGAGUUCAAUAUCUCCUGCGCUCAGGAGCCCCUCACAACCUGGGA